AUGGAAAAGGAGCAGAUAAAACUACUGAUAGAUCGUUCAAAUAAAAAUAAAGCAAAGACACUUCCUCCAAAGAAAUACUAUGCUAUUCCAGAAGUGCCAAUGACCGAUGAGAAUAAUGACAGCAAGUAUGAAUGCAUGAACAGUCAGGAUAUGCCUGUAAAUGAGUAUGGUAACAAAAGUGGGGACAGUUUCUGUCCUGGUGUCAACAUAUUCUAUUUGGAAAUUCUGAAUACAAAUGGUUCUUCUGAGUUUACAGGCAUGGAUUCGAUAUUCCUCAGGAAGGUUCCUGAGAUAAGUAGCAUAGUCCUCCCUUCCUAUGAAAAAGAGGACUUUGAAUACAUGGUUUACAAGUAUGGAGAGAACCUUGAACUGAUAUCAAAGAAUACUGGUAUUGAUAUUAAGGAUGUAAUCCUCAUAUACUAUUUGAAGUAUCAUAACAUGUCCAUACAAAUUGUUGGUUCCCUUCUUGACAAGUAUGUUGAUGAGGAGUGGUGCAUAAACGAUAGAAUUCUUUUUGAAGAGAAUUUUUCUAAAUAUGGAACAAAGUUCAAUAAGUUUAUGAUGAACAAGCAUGAAGAUGAACUAAAGAUAUAUUACAAGUAUUAUCUCAAGAAUUAUCUACCUGUAAACUGGUCAGAAUGGGAGAGAGCACUCUUUGCCCACUUGAUUGGAGUGUAUAAAAAGGAUUGGAAUGCUAUGUCUCUUCAUUUUCAAAGAGAAAGCAUAAAUAACAAUGAAUAUGACAAUAACUGUUUGAAGAAUGCCAAUGAUUUAAGAGUGUAUUACAGUUCAUAUUUUAAGAAGUUAGAUGAAGAAGAGAGGCUGAAGGAGUUGCAGCUGGCCGAUGUCGAAUUGCCUAAACUAGAGACUGUUCAUAGAAAGAGGGGAAGGAAGCCCAAUUCAUUGAAGAUACUUCAAUUUAAGAACCAAGAAGUAUCUGAAGAAACAUAG